AUGACCGAUGCAUUUCCUCCCAUUUCCCUCGAGCCCUUGCCCUCGAGCCCGCUGCCCUGGAGCAGCUGCUGCUGCCUCUGCUCACAUGGCAUCAGAAGAACGUACAGCGAGCAGGCGUACAGCGAGGAGCAGCACAGCAAGCAGCAGGCGUGCAGCGAGCAGUUCAGCAGCGAGCAGGCCAGCAGCAGGCCCGGCCAGACGAUCCUCCGCAGCGGCGGCGUCGUCCGCGGCCUCGCCAACUGGGGCGUCUUCGCGCUGCCGCGGCCCAUCACGCGCGCCCAGAUGAAGCACAAGGAGGGCCACUACUUUGUCAUGCGCUACGACGCCUCGGCGCGCGCCCACCAGACCAUGCGCUCGACCAUCAGCCUCGACCCGCGCGUCAUCCGCAGCGCCCACGUCAAGGUCGGCGACGGCAAGCUCGGCAGCAUGGCGCGGUUUGGCGCCAUCAAGUGGGAUGUCCGCGACGAGUAG